GGACCGGAAGCAGCGCCCAGCUGGGACCCGUAGGGAGAGGCGGGAAGCGGCCGACGGCGGCGGCGGCCGUUGUGGCUCUGGCAGUGGUGGCGACUGGGGCGAGGCUACGCAGCCGGGGCGACGGGUCUGGUGCCGCAGCAGCUCGCUCAGGCCGUGGGUCGUCGCUGCAGACGCGGGCAGAGGAGAGAACAGCGACUCAGCGGGAGGAUUCAGAAGACACCCCACGUCUCCCUUCUCGAGUUUCUCUUGGUUCUUGUCAGUUGAUUCGUAGGCUGAAAUGCAUGGUCAUGGAGGCUAUGACUCUGAUUUUAGUGAUGAUGAACACUGUGGAGAAUCUAGCAAAAGGAAAAAAAAGACAGUUGAAGAUGAUUUACUGCUCAAAAAGCCAUUUCAGAAAGAAAAACAUGGAAAGGUGGUCCAUAAACAAGUUGCAGCAGAAUUGCUGGAUAGGGAAGAAGCAAGAAAUAGAAGGUUUCAUCUCAUAGCUAUGGAUGCUUAUCAAAGGCAUACAAAGUUUGUAAAUGACUAUAUUUUAUACUAUGGUGGCAAAAAAGACGACUUCAGGCGAUUGGGGGAAAAUGACAAGAUAGACAUGGAUGUUAUACGAGAAAAUCACAGAUUCCUAUGGAAUGAGGAGGAUGAAAUGGACAUGAAUUGGGAGAAGAGACUUGCAAAGAAAUACUAUGAUAAAUUAUUCAAGGAAUACUGUGUAGCAGAUCUCACCAGAUACAAAGAAAAUAAGUUUGGAUUUAGGUGGCGAGUAGAAAAAGAAGUAAUUUCAGGGAAAGGCCAGUUUUGCUGUGGAAAUAAAUGUUGUGAUAAAAAAGAAGGCUUAAAGAGUUGGGAAGUUAAUUUUGGUUAUAUUGAGCAUGGUGAAAAGAGAAAUGCGCUUGUUAAAUUAAGAUUAUGCCAAGAAUGUUCCUUUAAAUUAAAUUUUCAUCACAGGAGAAAAGAAGACAAGUCAAAAAAAAGAAAGGAUAAAGCCAGAAAAGAUUGUGAAGCGUCAUCACAUAAAAAAUCCAGAUUAUCUUCUGUAGAAGAGUCCUCUAAUAAAAAGGAUAAAGGAAGCUCUGAUGAGGAAGGAAGUACUUCAGAAUCUGAACUUUGGAAGGGCCCACUACCAGAGACAGAUGAAAAAUCACAGGAAGAAGAAUUUGAUGAAUAUUUUCAAGGUUUAUUUCUGUGAGAUGGAAGAGGGAUGCAUACAUUCCUUAAUGUGAAAGUAUACUUUGAAACUCUUCACAAAAUUUUGUCUACAAGUUGCAACUUGAGUGGUUUGUCUUUGGAAAUAAAAAUCCAGCUACUCUCA